AUGGCCAUCAGUGAGAUUGUCAGCGACGAAUCGUUGCUCCCCGUGCUGAAGACCAGCGCCGAGACGCUGGUCCAGUGCCAGCAGCUGCUCACCCUUCUGAAUCCCGAUGCGAUCCCGCCCGACUCCAACGCGCAAGAAUUAGCUCUUGCGGUCUCCAAGCAGCAGAAAAUUCUCUUCGCGCGGCUGGCCCAACUCCGCGGACAGAACCGAGAUGCCAUUUUUCGCGUGCGCGACACCAAGCAAUCGACAGCGGAGGCUCGACAAGAGAUCGACCGACUGCAUCUCCAGUUGCAGAACCUGUACUACGAACAGAAACAUCUUACGGGCGAGAUCGCCGCCUGCGAGUCCUACGAUCACAAAUAUCGGUCGCUGCCAUUGAUCCCCGUCGAAGAGUUCCUCCAAUUGCACCCUGAACACCGCGAGUCAGACGAGCAUGAAUUGAUGAUGGCUCGCAUCAACCACGAACAUGCUGAGCGCGAGAAGCUGGAACAAGCGCGGCAAGAAUUGUUGAAGCGCAAGCAGGCCUUGAUCGCGGAGAAUAAGAAGCGGAAAGAUGACCUCGCCAAUCUGGACCAAGACCUGGAGAAGUUCAUUGAUGCAGCCAAACCAAUCCAGAAAAUCUUCGAGAAGGAAUAUUAG